GGUUAUUAUCAUAUUUCAUGUCUAUAUUUUGAAAAUGAUAUGGUACACUUGCAUUUACACAUGUAAUACCACUUAUUGUUUCCCUAUUUAUACUACUGAAAUGUUUGUUGUUUUUUUUGUACAUUAUAUAAAUCUAUAAUAUCAAAUCAUCAAAACUAAUAAAAUUUUUAAUAUACAUCUAAUAAUCAUUAGGAUUAAAUUAAUCUAUGGCUACAUUACCAAGUUGUAUGUAUUGGACAUUUACUAAUUCUGGUUUAUUAAUACAAGAUUGGUUAUUAAAACCAGUUCGACCAAUUAAUUUAAAUGAUGCAAUCAAUCAAUAUUAUUUAUCAUCAAUUAUUGAUACUAAAAAUCAAUUCAGUAAUACUAUUGAAAAAUUGAAUGAAAAUAAAACAACUACUACUACUACUAAUCAUCAUAAUGAUAAUAAUAUACAACAAAUAAUACAAAUAAUGUUUUAUUUUAGUUUACCAUUAUUACCAGCUAUAACAAUGUUACUAUCUAUGAUUAAUAUAUUUAUUGAAUUUAAAUAUUAUAUUUAUUCAAAGUAUUUAUUAUAUAUACGUCCAUAUAUUUAUAGAUUACCACAUUAUCUUAUUGUAUUCUAUAUAUUAACAUGUAUUAAUUCAUUUAUAAUAUGGUUAAUUAUAUUACCACGUUAUAUACCAAUGUCAAUUGGUUAUUAUAAUCUAUUAACAAAUGAAUUACAUUGGAAUGAUACAUCUAUCUAUAUGAAUAUAAGUAGUAGUAGUAGUAGUAGUAGUAAUAAUAAUAAUAAUCAUACACCGAAAUAUUUAACCCAACUACCAGCUAUAUUAACAAUGCAAAUUGCAUUACGUUUAACUAUAUGUUGGUUAAUUAUUGGUUUAUUAAUAAAUCGUAUUUAUAUAUUAAAUGAAUUAUAUAUUAAUCCAUUAAAAAAAUCAUUUGGUUAUUAUAUCAAUUAUUUAUAUACACUGAUUAAAGAGAAUUUAUAUGAUGAUCAUUGUUAUAAUCAUAAUACUACUACUAAUAAUAGUAAUAAUGGUACAUUAUUGAAUGAUAGAAGCAAUACCAACAAACAACACAAUCAUCCAUUGAAUUCAAUAUUUCAAUAUCUAUUCAAAUUUGGCGCUAAUUUAUGUUCAAUAAAAAAAUGUCCAAUCAAAUCAUGUCCCAUAUGUAAACAACUUAAUUAUAAUUGGUCAGAAGAAUAUUUAUGUUUUAAAUGUAAACCAAAUUAUUAUCAUAAUAAUACAAAUUUAUUAAAUCAUCAAUUAAUUAUUAAAAAUAAUCAAAAAAAUAAUCCAAUUUAUUUAAGUAGUAUAAUAAAUAUGAAAAGAAUUAAUUAUAAAACAAUUGGAUAUUUAAUUUUAAUAAUAAGUUUAUUAAUUACUUGUUUAUUAUUAAUAUGUUUACCACAAAUAUGGUCAUAUCAAUUAAUUGGAAUAAAUUUAAAAAUUAAAUUAUUCAAUCAAUAUACUACUAGUACUACUACUAACACAGAACAUAUGAGUAGUAUAAGUAGUAGUAAUCAUGAAAAUUAUUAUCCAGCAUGGCGUUUAUUAAAUAAAACUAGUCAAACUAUAUAUGAAUAUUGUUUUGCUGUUAUUCAUUUUGUGAUACCAUGUUGUACAAUAAUUGUUACUAUAUUAUUAUUAAUUAUACGUAUAAUUAAAAUUAAAUAUGAAUUAAAAUCUAUUAUAUUACAUAAUAUAAAUAUGAAUAAAAAAGAUAUAAAAUUAUAUAUGAAUAUAAUACAAUAUUGUAUUGUAUAUUUAAUACAAGAUAGUGUAUUAAUCUUAAUGAUGGGUAUUAUACAAUUAUGUUGUACAAUACCAUAUUUAAUGAUCAAUUCAAUUCAUCGUUUAGAAUGUUUAUUAAUUAAUAAUCAAUCAAUAAAUGGGUUCAUGCCAACUUCAUCAUCUACAUCCUCAGCAGGAGCAACAGCGGCAGCAGCAGGCACAUCAAAAGAUGAUUUGUUUUGGCCAACUCGUCAAAAUUGGUUAUUUAUAGAAAUGAAUUAUUUAUUUGGUGAUUUUUUAAUUCAAUUAAUUAUAUUAUCAAUAAAUUUAUGUGAUACAAAUCAUUUAUUAAUAAGAAAUUAUUCAAUUGAAAAUUUUCAAAAAAUUUAUUUAAGUAAUGUAAAUAGAAAUAAACAAAAUUAUCAUAGAAUUCAAUGUCAAAUGAAUGAUGUAAUGAAAUUUCAAGAAAUGGAAGAUCAUCAAGAUACUCAACAAAGAGAUAAUGAUGAUGAUGACAACGAUGGUAGUGAUGAUGAUGAUGAUGAUGAUGAUGGUGAGGAUGAUCAUCAUCAUCAUGAUAUUGAUGAGGAUGAUAAUGAUGAUAAUCUACAUGAUGAUAUGAAUAUUGAAAAUGGAGUUAGAAAAAAAAUCUAUACAUAUCGAAUGAAAACACCAACAGAUAGUGGACAAACAAGUAAAAAUAUAUCACCAUUACCUAUUUCACAUACAAUAUCUGACGUACUAUUAUCACCAAAGUUUCGAUCGAAACAAACUAUUUAUAGAUUAAAUCAACAGAAUAGAAUACAUAGAUCUAUACCAUCAGCAUUACCAUCACCAUUAUUACAACGUAUACCAGAAAUGAUAAAUUAUGACACUUCACAUCAUCAUAAUUAUCAUCAUCAUCAACAACAACAACGUAACAAUAAUUGUAAUAGUUUCACCACAAAAUAUCCAACUAAUUCAUAUGUAGAACCAAAAACAAAUAUGGCUAGUUUAACAUAUUCACCAAGAUCACGUCAUCCUUGUCGAUUACAGAAUAAAAUACUAUUGCAUGAUUCAUCCAAGACAAUUAAUAAUAAUAAUAGUACUAGUAUUCAUAUGUCGAAUCCAUCAUCUUUGAUUCAAUCGACAAAACUGAUCACAACACCAAAUAUGAAUUUAACUCGUAUUCAACAAAAUCGACAAAUUAGAAAUAAGUCACCGCCACCAUUGCCUCCUCCACCAAAACAUUUAAUACAAAUGCUUGGAGGUGAUUCAUCAAUUUAUUCAACACCACAUGGAUCACCACAACAAGUAAAUACACAUAAACUUAUGAUAAUAAACAACUCUAACAGUAAUACUCCUAAUAAUAAUAAUAUUUCAGUAGACUAUUCACCAGAUUUAUUACAUGUAAGUAGUAUUUCAAAACAUGAAAGUUCAACAACUGGAAGUUUCAGACAAACUGAUUCAGGUGUUACAAAUAUGGGUGGUUCUGUAAUUGAUAGUGAACAAUAUGAACCAAAUACUAUUGUAACAUAA